AAACAAAGCGAUGACAGUACUUUGAGUGAAAAGCAGGCGGUUCGGUCGUUUCGCAAUCAUGGCUGCAGUAAUCAGAAAUUUAAUUCGGAAUAAAACACUUAAUAAGCUGACAAACAUUGAGUCAACCCCGAUUCGAUGUUACGCCAGUGCCAAUCGUGUAAAACCUUUCAAGAAGGUCGGCGUUUCCGAUAAGGCUAGGAACGAUGCGAGGGCAGCUGAAAUGCGAUCAUCUGGGGCGGCCGAAGACGCCACCCUAAUGGUGGGUCAGCAGAUCAAAUCUGUGGGUCAAUCUCUGGCUAGUCGAGGUUACCUGCGGCCUAGUAAGCCCUACUCCCCACCGGAAGACGUUAAGCAGACAGUUUUGGAACUGGCCAAAUCGAACAAUAUAGGCAACCCCAAGCAAAAGUUUGCCAGCAAUCAGCAAAAGUUCGACUUUUUGGCCGCUUGUUUCAGUACAUUCAAGCACGGCGUUCCCAAUUCGAGGCUGCAUGAGCUCAAUUCCGUUGAGGAUGCAGUGGAGUUUUACAGCACGCCAGUUGAUACCACUCUUCCACUGGAUGCCAUGAAAACAGUGGAACUGCCAGAGAAUCUGUACAUCCAACACGAGUACAUUCGUUUCCACCCAGAGACGGACACCAUGUUCGGAGGUAAGUCAGCCUUCCCCAAGAGUUCCACCAUCGUUACUGGUUUGAAGUACAAGAACAAAUACAAGGGUCAUGUGGCGAAAAAAUCGUGGCCUUGAACAACGUAAAAAUGCAAGUAAGUCAUGUGGUAGAGAAUAAUAAUUGUUAUAUUUAAAACGAAAAAAAAA